AUGCUUAGACCUAGUUCACAAGUAUCUUUGAUUGCUGCCCUUUUGCUAUCAAUAUUUGCAACUGCAGAUGGUCUUUUCAGUGUAUACGAUGACUUAUACUCUAGACCAAAGUUCAAUGUUCGUUAUUUCGAUUUAAGCCCAAUAUCACCAGAGGAUGUACAAGGUAUUUUAGAUACUUAUGAUAAAGAGGAUCCUACACAGGAGUUCGGAUCAUUUAGCAUAAUAAGAGACGGAACAGGAAAGUUUCUACUGGGUAUUGAAUCCAAAAAUUCUGGAGAAUACUUAUGUCACAUUCCAAAGGUCAAAAGCAACGAGACAGAGCUUGAGGAAGAAUCAAAGAUAUCCAUGGAAGAGCUUGAAAAGAAUAGAGAACAAGUCAAAAAAGAUGCCAUGAGGAUAGUGAAUAAUUCAAUGUCUAAUUUUCAAAGAAUCGUUUUGGGAAGUGAUGGAGAAGCCCCAAAAAUCAACAAUUGCAUGUAUAAAACUAUAAAUUACUGGACUUACGAAUUUUGUUUCAACGAUUCCAUAAAGCAGUUUCAUGAGAUAUUUGAAAAUGGUCAGCGGAAAAAGGAUCCGAAUGUGCCGAGCUUUAUCAUUUCUAAAUUGACAGAUGAAAGUUUCCAAAAGGUGAGGUUAGUUGAUGAUUUUCAAAGUCCAGGAUCUGUGAAUUUAGUACAAUUUGCUAACGGAGGUGAUGUAUGUGAUUUGACUGGUGCUAAUCGAAUGGUCGAUAUAAAAUAUGUUUGUGAUAACGAAGGUACAAGUAAUGCUUUUGAAUCAUCGAACGAGAUGCCAAGCAUAAGUUGGUUCAAGGAGUUUAAAACUUGUCAAUAUGAAAUGGAGGUCAAUAUCCCAGAGCUUUGUCAAUUGAAAGAGUUUAGUCACAAAACAGAGGAAGAUAUCAAUGUUAUCGAAUGCAAUAGGAUCGGAAAAAAUGUUGAGACCGAUCUGGAUGAGUACGUCAUCCCGAGAAUCAAUAUUGAAGAUUAUGAUUUAUCUCCAAUAGGUAUGAAUUUUUAUGCAGGCAUACCAAAGUCAGUUAUAGGGGCCUAUAGUGAUGAGGAACAAAAAAUUGAUAUUUUGAUCAGCUCCGAUCCAUCAUUAUUGCAAUUCGAACAGGUCAAGGAGAAACUAGACGUUCUCGGAGUUUUGGCGGUGAAUGGCAUUCAACAGCAUAAUCUCAUUGUCAAUAAUUAUCUUUUUAGGUCAGAAGGGCUUAAAAUAGAGAAAGGGACUCAAUUAGUUUUUUCUUUGAAAUUGUAUAAUUUCAUUGGAGAAUACAUUUGUUCGAUUAGGGUUGAAAGAGAUGAGAAAGACAGAAUUUCAAUAUCUGCUGCUUAUUUCCCUGAUGGAGAGCUAGACUUGAAGAAAAAUCUUAUGUUUUACGCAAAACCAGAAAUAGUGGUUGAUUUUAGCUCCGAUGAUGGCUUAAAGGGACCAGCAGGCUCUGAGCCAGAACUAUAUUUAUCUGAUGAUUUACUCGAGUUGGAUCACCUAUUGCCGGAGGAAACGGUGAUUGUUCUAGAUAAAGAGAACCAUAUGCAAGAGCAUGAUGAAUUGUGA